CUAGCUAGCGAGCUAAGACGGGCUAGUUACGUUAGCUAGCGACGAAUCGGCGAAGAAGAGCGGGGAGGGGGGUUGAGGGAGACUUCGGACCAGGCCGCUCCGGUUGGGGGAUGUGAACCAGAGGUGCGCAGGGGUUUGCUCGCUUAGUCCCGAUCGUCGUUACACCAAACUACCGGGAUGGGACAACAGGUAGGCCGCGUCGGUGAGGGCACAUCGACCGGACUCCAGCCACCACAGCCCCACGCGUCACAGCCACACCAAGGGAAGGGGAACCGGGGGAGCGGCGCCGGGAGGAGACCCCGAGACUCCAGCAGCACCGGGACACCACCAGGCAGGGCAGCUGCGGUCAACGUGCCCGACCCAGGGAUCAAUAUAUUCACGCAACAUUCAGAAGCUCUCCACCGGCCGUUUGGGCUGGACUCGGCAGCGUUGACAGAGGCCGUGCGUUGGAGCUCCAAGGAGAACCUGCUGGGGGCAGCGGAAAGCGAUCCCAACCUCUUCGUUGCACUUUACGACUUCGUAGCCAGCGGAGACAACACGCUCAGCAUCACUAAAGGUGAGAAGCUGCGUGUUUUAGGCUAUAACCAGAAUGGUGAGUGGAGUGAAGUUCGCUCUAAGAACGGUCAGGGCUGGGUGCCCUCCAACUACAUCACGCCCGUAAACAGCCUGGAGAAGCACAGCUGGUACCACGGUCCGGUGUCCCGCAGCGCCGCCGAGUACCUGCUCUCCUCCCUCAUCAAUGGCAGUUUCCUGGUCCGGGAGAGCGAGAGCAGCCCUGGGCAGCUGUCCAUCUCUCUCCGCUAUGAGGGGAGAGUCUACCACUACCGGAUCAACACAGCCUCCGAUGGAAAGGUAUAUGUGACGGCCGAGAGCCGGUUUGCCACCCUGGCCGAGCUGGUCCACCACCACUCCACUGUAGCCGACGGUCUGGUCACCACACUGCACUACCCGGCACCCAAAUGCAACAAGCCCACGGUGUACGGUGUAUCACCCAUCCAUGACAAGUGGGAGAUGGAGCGCACUGACAUCACCAUGAAGCACAAACUGGGAGGAGGCCAGUACGGCGAGGUUUACGUGGGAGUGUGGAAGAAGUACAACCUCACAGUAGCUGUCAAAACACUAAAGGAAGACACCAUGGAAGUUGAAGAAUUUCUGAAAGAGGCUGCAGUUAUGAAGGAGGUUAAACAUCCUAACCUUGUUCAGCUACUAGGUGUGUGCACAUUGGAGCCUCCUUUCUACAUCGUAACAGAGUACAUGCCCCAUGGCAACCUGCUGGACUACCUGAGGGAGUGUGACAGGGAGGAGGUGAACGCUGUGGUGCUGCUCUACAUGGCCACGCAGAUCUCCUCUGCCAUGGAGUAUCUGGAGAAGAAAAACUUCAUACACAGGGACCUCGCAGCAAGGAACUGCCUGGUUGGGGAGAAUCAUGUAGUGAAGGUGGCAGACUUUGGCCUUAGCAGGCUGAUGACUGGUGACACCUACACUGCCCACGCCGGAGCCAAGUUUCCUAUCAAAUGGACCGCACCGGAGAGCCUCGCAUACAACACCUUCUCCAUAAAGUCUGAUGUCUGGGCGUUUGGGGUGCUGCUGUGGGAGAUCGCUACCUAUGGCAUGUCUCCAUACCCGGGUAUCGACCUGUCUCAAGUUUACGACCUCCUGGAGAAAGGUUACCGCAUGGAACAGCCUGAAGGAUGCCCACCCAAGGUCUACGAACUCAUGAGAGCAUGCUGGCAGUGGAGCCCAUUGGACCGGCCUUCAUUUGCAGAGAUCCAUCAAGCCUUUGAGACAAUGUUCCAUGACUCCAGUAUAUCUGAAGAGGUAGCAGAGGAGCUGUGCAAGACCGCCUCCUCUGGUCAUGGCGGGCCACUGCACUCCUUUGGCCACGAUAUGCCGCUGCUACCCUCCAAAUCGCGCACACUCCGUAAGCACACAGAGAACAAGGAGAACAUCGAGGGCGGGCUCGACGGGCGAACCGACCACGGGACGCACAGUCACUCAGGUUUGGCUUCUACUUUGCUUGGGGGGGACGGUCGAUCAGGCAGCUCCCCAGCUCUGCCUCGAAAACAGCAGCCACGUGAUAAAUCUCCUAGCAGCCUUUUGGAGGAUGUACAGGACACAGGCACAUUCACACGUGACCGAAAGACUGGUUUCUUUAGCUCCUUCAUAAAGAAGAAAUCUUCCUCCUCGUCCUCCUCCUCCUCUUCUCCAUCCUCCCAGCUCCAACAGAACCUUCCGACACCUCCCAAGAGGAGCAGUUCCUUCCGGGAGAUGGAGACACAACCUCAUAAGAAAUAUGAGCCCACAGCUGCCUUCAGUGCUCCUCCUCCCUUGCCCCAGUCAGACAGUCUUGGGGGCUUCUCUGCCUCCCCCUCCCACUCCCAUGGGGAGCCCACCCAAACCCAGUCCCGCUGCUGUGGAGCCACAUUUGGCCAGAAGCCUUCCGGUGGAGGUCCUGGUUCUCAAGUGGGGAGUAGCAGCAGUUGGGGGGGCUUGGCUGGAUUUUUCACCCCUAGACUCAUCAAAAAGACCCUGGGGCUACGGACAGGAAAGUCGACCUGUUCAGAGGAGAGUGGAAAUAUGGUUGGAGGGCCCAAACCCUUUCCCAGGUCCAAUUCUACCUCCUCCAUGUCAGCUGGGCUUCCAGACCUGGAGCGUAUGGCUCUGACUUUACCUAGAAACCGUAGUGCUAAACCCCCUCUAGAAAGGACUGCCUCCACCACAUCUCAGCCAGAGAAUGGAGCAGCACGGCCCUCAGAAACCCUGCUGAGGAGGAUGGAUGAGGGGACAGCACAGAUCAGGGAGAGGCCCAAAGCCAAGCUGCUACCCCGGGGCGCUGCCGUAGGUGUGAGGGCGCCUGGAGUAGGAGGGGAGGCCGGGGAAUCGGACAGUCUCUCCCGUGUUAGAGAGGGUAGAGAGGAAAGUGGGGGAGGGCAAGACAGGCAGCAGGGGUGGUCGUCUCCUUCUAAGACUUCUGGUUCGGGCGCAUCAGCAGCAGGUGCACCAACCCACAACCACAAGGUCCCAGUCCUCAUCUCCCCCACGCUGAAGCACAGCCCAGGUGAUGUGCACCUGGUUGGGGUGGACUCUCAGGGGAACCGCUUCAAACUGUUGUCUGAGCAUCAAGCAGACCGCGACCGGCCACGACUGGUCAAACCCAAAUGUGCUCCUCCGCCCCCUCCCACACUGCGGAGCCUCCAGCACUCCUACAGCGGUGACGGAGAGGAGCAGGUAGGAGGAGUGCCCGUGGAGGUCAACGGUGACACAUUGAAAGGUCACAGGUCAGGGCGAACAUCGGGCGGAGCGGUGACGGGUAGACCGUCGGUGCCACCACCACAAGUGCCUCCUGCGCCUUCCUCCUCCUUUUCCUCAUCUUCCUCUGCCACCAACAACAACACGACUCCCACCAAAAUGGCCAACGGUGCCACCACCACUGCCUCUUCUGCACACACAGCACCAACUGCUGGCUCCAAAGUGGCAUUGCGGCGGACCAGACAGCAGGCAGAGAGGGUGCCCCUGGAACGGGUCAGCCGCGAGGCCCUGCUGGAGUGCGCUGAGUGCCUGAGCAGCGCCCUCCAUGCCAGCUCUGAAAGCCCCUCCAGCAGCCAGGUGCUGGACGCUGGCCACCAGCUGCUAGACUACUGCUCAGGUUAUGUGGACUGCAUCCCUCAGAUGAGGAACAAGUUUGCCUUUCGGGAGGCAGUGGGGAAGCUGGAGCUCAGUCUGCAGGAGCUGAGGGCCUCGUCUUCAGGAGGUGGAGGGUUGAGCAGUCUGGGGCCCAGCCCUGCCUUGGACAACCUGCACAGCUGUAUUAAAGAGAUUAGUGAUGUAGUACAGAGGUAGCCACUGUAACAAGACCAACCGUCACCCCUCAACCACCCGACAGACCACAUAUAUUCCCUUUUUUUUAUGUUUCUGGUUCAGCUUGUUGGGGGACGAAUUGAGAGGAAUCUCUUAAGUACCUCAGAGAAAUCACUACAAAUUUGGUUAUCCUUUUAUUGUUUACAGAGGACUGUUUCAUAAGAUGCCAGUGUGGACAAUAAUGUUGCUCUGACCUGUACAUAUAAAGAAAAAAUGUUUAUACCAAACUAAAUGUGGUUUAAGUCACGCCAUGAAAUGUUUUGCCCCAAGUCUCCACCUGGUUGUGAUAAAGGCCUCUUUGUUAAAUGAAUGUGGAGUGUAUCAGCGGUGUGUAGCCAGCACAGAAAGUAGGUGAAGAAUAAGCUCAUUCUGUUUAUGUGUCAGUCUGUCAUACACUGAGCAAGAACGAUGGAGGUUGUGCCCAGCUUUACUGAAAAUACUAGGCACCUGUUUCCCUGACUAAGAUCACGCAAUACGAUUCACACAUCCUUGGGGAUCAUUGAGAGUAUUUUGCUUUACAGUGCAGUGUUUUGCUCAGUGUUUCAGCAGCUGAGUGACUUAAGCCAUCUUUGAAAGCCAUUACAUUCUGAGGAAAAUUCCACUGGUUCCCUGUUUUGGGGUGCCUAAUUUGGCGCUGUUUUGUUUUCAGUGCAGAUUAUUUCUCAGAUCAUUUCAGUUUCAUAGAUUGCAGUCAUCAUUGCUUAAACAAAGGAAAUAAAAGCAAUGAAAUAAUGUUAGUACGUCUAACUCCCCCAAAACUGCCUUUGUUAGUAAAUGUUAAACAGCUGGACUUGGUUUGUGGUUAAUACUUUUUUAAGCCUGAGGGUCAUUUUGCAAUUGAAAUUGUUUGAUUCUUACAUUUCCUGACAAGCUGGGAGGGAUGAAAGAAGAUUGGACAAGGGGAAGGGAUCACUUACACCACUGAAAUAUCCAUUAGAAGAAUUUGACAAGUGUGUAAAGAGGCUCAAAUAAGAUUUGAAAACUGUACCUUCAAGUAACGCCUAAUACAUGCUUAUUGAAUUGAAAAAUUACUAAAGCAAGGAAAGAUAUUUUGCAAUAUUACAUGAAUGGUUUAGUUUUUUUCCCUGCACAACUGCUAAAACAGUGAACGAGUGUGAGGCGUUUUAUCCUAUCUAGAGCAUUUAUCUUUAUCUUUCUCUGGUGACUUGACUAGUUCACACUUUAACACAGUGCCACAUAUGUAGGGGGAAAUCCCCAGCCCCCUAAAGCAUUUCAAUAUUUAUGUCCAGUUAUUCUUGCACACUACAUUUCCUUCUCGUAUAUUGGACAGUCGCAGAGGAGAGAGAGAGAGAGAGCACAGGGUAGCGCAUGAGCAGGUGAAUGGGGACGGUAUUUCUGUAAGUGUCCUUCCGAGUAUGGACAGUGCUGGAUUCCCUGUAGCCUUGUCGUGGCCUCAGUGCCUCAGAUUCUUCAAUGUAUGAACACUGCAAAAUACAGCGACCUACUCACCAUAAUCACAGUACUGAUCUCUCAACAAACAAACUGCAGUAUGUCUUCAGCACAUGAGCGAUUUGUACAUUUAUUUGGUUCAAAGAAAAUGCUUUUUAGAAUGUCUUUACAUAUGAACUUGAAUUUUAAAUUAUUCUUUUUUUUUUUUUAAUUAAAAGCACAGACCUAUUUUGAAAGAAAAAAAAUGUUAUGUAAAUAUUUGAUUUAUUUCAUAUCCAGGAAACAAAGUUUUAUGCGUGGUCACAUAAACAUAAAGAGUAAUGUUUUUGACUGAAGAGAUGUAUUGCAAGACUGAGGCCCAUUCAACCACAUUUGAAUAUCUGCUUUAUGAAUGUAUUGUUCCUCUGUUCUUCAGUUCUGAACCAGGUCGAAUGUUCAUCUGCAUGAAUCUUUAAUCCCUUUAGGUUGAGAAAGAAAGUGCCAUUUUGUUUUCUGAUAUUUUGGUUCUAAUUUUGGUCACAUUGAGAUGUAAUAAUUGAGUAAAAAAAAUCAUUGUACAAACUGAAAUUUGUAUCGUGCCAUGCGCAUAUGCACAUAUGCAACACUCAGCUUCCAUAUCAGAUACGCCACGUUUAUCUGUGGUUUUGUUUUCCUCUUUUUGUUUUGACGUUGGCUCAAAUCUUAACGUACACUGGAUAAGGCGACAGACACAUUGGUUCACUGACACAUGUUGCAUCCAGAUACUACCGAUGUAAUUGUUCCAUGUAUAAACACUACAGGUCUCUUAACACUUCAGAAACGUAUUUGUUGACGACACUUGAUAGAUUUCCAGACUGAAGUUCUUGUCAGCUUCGUGGUACAUUUCGAGUCCUGUCCACCACUUCCACCUCAGCCAGCAUGUGUGUCAGUAAAAUGUCCCAUUUCUUGCCAAACAGGAUGUCAUGAAAGAAAACUGUUGUUUGUUUUCUUUUCACUGUGAGGUUCAAAUAGCAAGAGAACAUGAAACGCCAUUUUUUAUUUGGUUACUUCAUAUAUCCAGUGAUAUUUUCCUUAUGAUUCUUGGUGCCUUUUUGUGAACAAAAAGUUUAUGUAUCAUGCACUAUCACUUCAAGAACUUACAGGUAUGGCAAUGUGUAAUAUUACAACGUUGAAACAUUCUGUAUUAAUCAUCUUUCCAAUAACUAAUGCUUGCCAUGAGCAACAUGCAUUUCUCUGAUUGGGAGGUUUAUGAUCAGACACAAACUUGAAAAAGAAAAGUGCAAUUUGUCUUCUUAGAUGAUGUGUAGGGAUACUUGGUUAUGUAUUUGAUUUAUUUGUGGCCAUAAGUUACUGUUGUAAUGUUGCCUCUCCGACAAAUGACAAAUGAGUCUGGUGCACCGAGCCCGAGCUGCUCUGAUGUCUCAUAAUCUGAUCACUUCAACAAAAAAAAACUUAUUUCCAGUGUUUGCUGUUUAUAAAUUUCCUUGCCUAAUACCAGUUUGGCCUAUUUGCCUGUGUUAUUAUGUUUGGUUUUUAGUGCAUCUCUGCUAUGGAGCUUGCUUCCACAAAAUACAUCGAGCCUCAUCAAAAAGUGAAAACAUCUCUCAUCAUCGUUCAAACAUGGCAGUCGCAGACCUUGAAAUUAUCUAGAAUCCAGCGCAGCGUCUGAUUCCUAUUUGGGCUCUUGUGAAGCUCAUUUUUGUUGCUGAACAAUAUGGUAAAAAAAAAA